AUGCGUCUUUUGAUUCUAGGAGCAACAGGACCUUGCGGCAUCGCACUCAUCCGCAAGGCCCUCGCAGUCCACCCAGACUACAUCAUCGUCGUCUACGCCCGCAAUCCACAGAAACUCCCCAACGACAUCCAGAACAACGCUUCUGUCACAGUCAUCCAGGGAACGCUUGACGAACUUGACAAAGUCGAGCAGGCUCUGGAAGGCGUAGACGCUGUUAUCUCCGCGCUGGGGCCGAUACCAUUCCAAACCGUCGGCACACCUAUCGCAGACUUCUACGGCCACUUCAUCGACCUCCUGUACAAACAUAACAUCAAGCGCUUCAUGCCACUUGCGACCCCUUCGCACCGCGAUGAGCACGACGGGAAGCAAUGGAAAUUCACCACGCUCGUCACCGUCAUCCGAAACAUUGCGAACAGCAUGUACUCCGAGAUGGUAGGGAUCGGUAAGGUGGUCACCACGAAAGGCGCCGAUCUGGAUUAUACCAUCGUCCGGGUGCCGAUGCUGUCGAAUGGGAACUCAGAGAAAUUUGUUGCUGGUUAUGUCGGGACUCCAGGGUUGGGUAUAGUAUUGGCGCGGAAGGCGUAUGCGGCCUUCUGCAUUGAAGAGCUCGAGAAGAGGGAGUGGGUGAAGAAGGCGCCAGCGAUUUCGAAUGCCUGA